CCUCCAUUGAAAUUAGUAGAGUGUAUAUUGUUUGUCCAUUACGUCCAAACAAAGAAGAGGUGGAGAAUAAAUCCUGGGAUCCAUUCCCAUUGCAAUUAGUCCAUGAUGGUUUCGGAAACAAGGGUGGAAUCCAAGAUGGUGUGCGUGAUCGGAGCUGGACCAUCGGGUCUAGUAGCCGCAAGGGAGCUUGUGAGAGAAGGUCACAAGGUGGUUGUACUCGAGCAGAACCGCGACAUUGGAGGCCAAUGGCUUUACGACCCUAACGUACAACACGAGGAUCCUUUGGGAGCAAACCCUUGGCUCAAGGUGCAUAGCAGCAUUUACCACUCUUUGAGGCUCAUGUCUCCCAGGGAAGUCAUGGGUUUCACCGAUUUCCCUUUUUUGGUGAAGAAAGGUAGAGACCCCAGGAGGUUCCCUGGCCACAGAGAGCUCCUUCUCUACCUCAAGGACUUUGCUCAGUGGUUCAACUUGGGAGAUAUCAUCAAGUUCAACACCAAGGUCCAUUACGUGGGACCCUUCAAUUAUGGAGCUGGAGCCUCUAGGGAGGAUUUGAAGUGGCUUGUCAGAAGCAAGGAGAACAAGGGUGAUCAUGAGGAGGAACUUGAACAACUCUUUGAUGCUGUCGUUGUCGCCACUGGUCAUUACUCUAACCCCAGAUUGCCCUCCAUUCAAGGAAUGGACACAUGGAGAAGAAAACAAAUGCAUAGUCACAUUUACAGGUCUCCACACCCAUUUCGCGGAGAGAUUGUGGUGGUGAUUGGAAAUUCUUUUAGUGGACAAGAAAUAUCAUUGGAACUUGUGAAAGUAGCCAAGGAAGUACACCUCAGUUCAAAAAUAGUUGACAUUUAUGAGGGUUUAUCUAAAGUCAUAUCCAAACACGACAACUUUCACUUCCAUCCACAGAUAGACACCCUUCAAGAGGAUGGGAGUGUCAUUUUCACGGAUGGUUCCAAAAUUAUCGCCGACACUAUCUUAUACUGCACUGGGUACAACUAUUCCUUCCCCUUUCUCGACACCAAAGGAAUUGUUGUUGUGGAUGAUAACAGAGUGGGUCCUUUGUAUGAACACACUUUCCCCCCAGCACUUGCUCCUUCUCUUUCCUUAGUAGGCAUUCCCAAAAGGAUUUUGGGGCUCCCUUUCUUUGAGUCCCAAGGAAAAUGGAUAGCUCAAUUGCUUUCUGGGAAAAAAGUUUUGCCAUCAUAUGAGGAAAUGAUGAAAUCCAUCGAGGAAUUCUAUCAUUCAAAUGAAGUAGCUGGCAUUCCUAAACGCCACACCCAUGAAAUUCAGGGCUUUGAAUAUUGUGAUAAAUACGGAGAAAAUGUAGGAUUCCCAAAGUUAGAAGAAUGGAGGAAAGAGUUGUGUGUAUCAGCCGUAAUAAACUUAUUUGUCAACUUGGAGACAUAUCGUGAUUCAUGGGAUGAUGAUGACAAGGUUCAGGAGGCCCUUCGAAGUCCUUACUUCACUCAACUUGGAGUUGAACUUGAAUAACUUUCUCUGUAUAACUCUAAUAAUCAAUUAAUAAUUACUUGUAUUUCUAUGUUAAAACUUCAAUAAUCUUUGUCGUGAAUAUUCUCAAUCUUGGUUUGUCCAAGUUUUUGGGCUUAUGUUAGUUUGGACGUAAUGAAAUGUGUCAAAAUUCAUAUAAUAUUUGAGUUCCAAAGA